CCUUUAAAACAAACAAUAGUGACUCUUCAAUGGACGGCCCACCUCCUUAAAUUCCAGGCUUUCAUCAGUUUCGGCACCAUUUUACACUGACUUAUCUGGAAGCGUCCAAUCUUUCCAGAAUGAAAGCUCCUCUGCUUCUCCUUUUGGCUCUCCUAGCCAUUGCAGAUGCAAAGGUUUUUACACGAUGUGAGCUGGCGCGGAAACUGAAGGCUGCAGGAAUGGAUGGGUACCAUGGAUACGGCCUGGCUAACUGGGUCUGUUUGGCCAAAUGGGAGUCGAGCUACAACACGGACGCCAUCAAUCACAACACCGACGGAUCCACCGACUACGGCAUCUUCCAGAUCAACAGCCGUUGGUGGUGCAACAACCACCGGACAGUGACCGCCAACGCCUGUCACAUCGACUGCAGCCAGCUGCUGUCCCCCAACAUUGACGUGGCCAUUCAGUGCGCGAAGCGGGUGGUCCAGGACCCCAAUGGCAUUGGAGCGUGGGUGGCCUGGAGGAAUCACUGCAAGGGUCGUGACCUGAGCCAGUACGUGGCUGGUUGUGGUGUUUGAGGACAGAAUGUUUCUUAAACAAUUUCGUUUACUCUGCCAAUACUCUGUUCAAUAAAUACUUUCAUUGCAA